CCUAUCUACAAUUCUAACAUGGUGGUCUCAGGUAUCAUGAAACUUGUGAGUACCAUUAUAGUCCACAGCAUCCUUCAAGGAGGGCCUGGAUUGCUGGUAUUCAGUCCUUCUGUUUACCAUUACCUUGCAACUGGUAUCCUAGAUGAUUCUGUGCAGAGAAUUUCUGUAGAUGACUGCAGUAUUCCCACUAAGCACUUCAUAGACAAGGUUUUAAAGGCAUCUGAUGUUUCAACUUUGGAUGCAGAGGAAAUUGACAAUUUUCUGUCAGAGUGUGGUUUAACUGUUGCAUUGACUGAUUCAAACAAGACAAUGGUCUUGCAGGGCAUAAUAGUGCAUGAUGUCCUGGGGUGCCCUUAAAUACUUCUUGAUCAACUGUGAGAUGGCCUUGCAGUGUUGUCCUUUGGUGAAAAGAUGAAACAAUAUCCUGACCUUUUCCAGGAAUUAUUUGUGCUCCAAGACAAGGAGUUGAUUCCUAGUGAUGUUAUCAGGGUAUUACA